CUGACUCGUAUUCUCCAGUAACCGUGGCGCAAUUAUUAAAGCUCAAAAUAUCUCACUGGUUGGUUGUAUCUACCAGGCCCAUCUAUACCUGUUCUCCAUUCAACCCAUCACAAUUUUGCAGGCAAAGUCAUACCCCGAGCAGUACAACCAAAAUGACAACUGAACCGCUUCCAACACCCCAUCUCUCCCCGGCUGUUGAGCAUGUACUCCAGGCGCGAGAUCCCACCAAAGAGCUCAUAUCUGAGUUACGUGGUAUGGCGAUCGACGAGCCAAAGCUUGUAAAAGCGACGCAGCAGAAAGUGCACCCUCCUCGCCCGGGCGCACCGCCUGCCCCCGCGAACGAUCCCCCCGCACCGGAGUUCAUCACGAGCUGGAAGAUGCUGGAACAUCUCUAUCGACAGUCUCCGUGUCCCUUUCCAAGCUUAGCAAGAGGGCUGUUUACGACGUGGACCAGCGAGAGUGGUGUGCCAGAGCCGAACAUUAAGGGUGAGAAGAAGGGUCAAUACAGGGAGAGAGUCAAGGAUGAGGUGGGAGGGACAUGGAGGAUCGUUGCUCGCGGAUAUGAUAAGUUCUUUAAUGUGGGCGAAGUGGGAUGGACAGAGUGGGGUUCUCUUGCUGCGAACACCGAAGGGCCGUAUGAACUUACGCUUAAGUCGAACGGUUGCCUUAUUCUCGUUGCCGCCCUUACCCCUUCUCGUCUUCUCGUUACUUCAAAGCACUCUCUCGGUACCCGAAAAGCCAAGGGAUCUGUCGCAGAGGAUGGCAACGAAGCAGAAGCGAAGGACGAUGAAGAAGAACUAAUGGAGACACCUGCGAAUGGAUCUUUGGGAAUAUCUCACGCAGAGAGAGGCGAGGAGUGGCUAUAUGCGCACUUGAAGCGUGUAGGGAAGACAGAAGCAGACUUGGCGAAGGUGCUGUGGGAGAGGAACAUCUCUGCUGUAGCCGAACUCUGCGAUGACUCAUUCGAGGAACAUGUUCUGCCGAUCCCGACCGAUCUCAUUGGACUGGUUCUGCAUGGUCUCGUCCCCAAUAGCCCGUCUUUCCAGAGCUUGCCCGCCCAUGAGGUCGCUGACUUUGCGCGCCAGUGGGGUUUCCGACCAACCCAGAUCGUCACGGUCAACUCGAUCAAGGAGGUGAUGGACUUCUGUAGGGAAGGAGCGAAGAAAGGCGAAUGGGAGGGAAUCGGUGUUGAGGGCUGGGUGGUCCGGUGCCACGUGCACGAUCCGAACGUGGGCAAGACAGAUGCAGUCGAUGAAUUGGCAGAUGCGGUUGCUAACCUCGUGAUUGCCGAUCCUGGCGAUGCGCCUGUCAAACAAGACAAGAAGGGCAAAGCAACCAAAACUCCGCCAUAUCCCCCCGGAGCACCAUUCUUCUUUAAGGUUAAAUUCGAAGAGCCAUACCUGAUGUACCGCGAAUGGCGCGAACUUACGAAGGUCCUGCUGCCAGUAAUCGACGGUGCUCCUGUGGAGGGAGUACCGGAGACCCAGAAUUCCCGCCAUGCACGAGGAAAGGCUGCGGCUAAGCCUGUGAAAAUUGGCGACCGUUUCAAGCGCCGCCCGGAGACGAGAGUCUACCUCAAGUGGGUGCUGAAGGAGAUGUUAUCGCACCCUGGCCUGUUCCGCAACUACCGCUUCAAUCGGGGAAUCAUCGAGACGCGUGAGAAAUUCCUGGAGUGGGCGGCGACGCCCGGUGAAGGGAAAGAGAUCUGGGAACGGGAGGUGGACAGGACUGUCGGCCAGGCAGCGACAGAGCCGGAGCGACAUCUCGAGGAACAGAAAAAGGCAGCAGAGGAGCCGAAACACUGGAAGAAAACGAUUAUUGUGCCUGUCGCUAUCCCGGGUUGUGGCAAGACGAGUGUCGCUAUCGCGCUGAAAGAGCUGUUCGGGAUCGGGCAUACACAGAGCGACGAUGUCAAGACGAAGAAGGCCACUGGUCCUCAGUUCCUCAAGAAUAUCACAGCGCUGUUGGAGACGAACGAUGUAGUUUUUGCAGAUCGGAACAAUCACCUGGAGCAACAUCGUCAACAGCUGCGUGAGGUGGCGGAAAAGUGCCCCGGCGGUCCCGCACGCCUUGUCGCCUUAAACUGGGGGAACCCCGCCGUCCCAGUAUCGACACUUCACCGGCUGAUGUCCGCGCGUCUCCUGGCCCGGGGCGAGAACCACCAGUCCCUGCGCGCUAAGAAAGACGAUUUGAGCUUCCACGAGGACGUGCUGUGGAAGUUUAUCAGUUCUGCAGAGCCGCUUGAUGAGGACGAGGUGGAUGAGGCGGUUAUGAUGGACCCGAGAGACGAAUUGGAGGGGAACAUUCGGCGAGCGGUGGAGUUACUCGCGCCUAUAAUGGGCUGGGAGAUGCCGACCGAUGAAAAACUAAAGGCGGCGAUUGAGGUUGCCCGGGAUUAUAAAGCUGGUGCACGGACGAAGGAAGACGCCGAAGCGGGGAAGAAGAAGAAAGUCCAAUAUUAUGCGAUCCUUGCGGAGCUGGACCUGCCCGCAUUGCUCGGAGCAUUGCUCACCGCGAAAAGCGUCGACCCUGGGCUCACCAAGUUCUGGGAGCAUCUCACGAGCACAGGGAGGGUGAACAAGCGCCCACAUGUUACCCUUGUUCAUGCGAACGACGAUACAAUCCCUGAGAAAGCGACGUUCUGGGACGCGUGUGCCCAGGUGGCAUCGUCGCCUACUCCGCCGAGGUACGAGUUUGUCAUCUCCCAUGUGUUGACAGACGGGAAGGUCAUGGCGCUCGUCGUUGACCCGGACUCUGUACGUGUGCAAACACAAGGCGGAUCCGCAGAGUGGCCCAGUGGACCGGGAUGGGACGGAGACAGAGUGAAGAUGCUGCAUAUUACUGUGGGCACGCAGGGUGAUAAGGUGAAGAAUGUCGAGGGUGGGAGGCUGGUGCGCGCAUGGAGGGAGGGGAAGACGGGAGGUGUGAGUGUCUAUGCGUUUGAGGAGGGGAAGAAGGUUCGUGGUGUGCUCAAGGGGUUCUCCUACUGAGCCGUGCGGCAUCGUUGAGCUGGUAACGCCCCACUUCCUGUCUCACGAUCAAUAGAAAAAAUGUAAUCUUCACGCAUGUUUCCAUACCAACA